CUGACGUAGCUCUUUUUUUGUGUGUGCUGGCCACGGAUCCCGUCCCGGGUUCAGACGGCGGCGGCGGCUUCGGCUUCUCUCUUCCCCUGGUCUCUGUCUCGCGUGCGGUCCCACGAAAGGCACGACCACCAACAUCAUCACCACAGCCGCGUUCGCUUCGAGAAGAUUGACCAGAGCCCACUGAGGGCGAUCGACCGACCGACAUGGGCAUGAAAUUCCUCGAAGUGAUCAAGCCGUUUUGUGCGGUUCUCCCCGAGGUCCAAAAACCAGAACGAAAGAUCCAGUUCAGGGAAAAGGUGCUAUGGACGGCAAUCACCCUCUUCAUCUUUUUGGUGUGCUGCCAGAUUCCUCUGUUUGGGAUCAUGUCAUCAGACUCUGCAGAUCCCUUCUACUGGAUGAGAGUAAUCUUGGCGUCCAACAGAGGAACCCUAAUGGAGCUGGGCAUCUCGCCCAUCGUCACUUCGGGGCUCAUCAUGCAGCUGUUGGCUGGCGCCAAGAUCAUUGAGGUCGGGGACACGCCCAAGGACCGCGCGCUCUUCAACGGCGCCCAGAAACUAUUUGGAAUGAUCAUCACCAUCGGGCAGGCCAUCGUGUACGUCAUGACGGGCAUGUACGGGGAGCCGUCGGAGAUGGGGGCCGGCAUCUGCCUCCUCAUCAUCAUCCAGUUGUUCGUGGCGGGUCUCAUCGUGCUGUUGCUGGAUGAGCUGCUCCAAAAAGGCUACGGCUUGGGCUCUGGAAUCUCCCUCUUCAUCGCCACCAACAUCUGCGAAACGAUCGUGUGGAAGGCCUUCAGCCCCACCACGGUCAACACGGGCCGAGGCACGGAGUUUGAGGGUGCAUUCAUCGCGCUCUUCCACCUGCUGGCCACACGGCAGGACAAGGUUCGCGCGCUCAGAGAGGCCUUCUACCGGCAGAAUCUGCCCAACCUGCACAACCUCAUCGCCACCGUCUUCGUCUUUGCUAUUGUCAUAUACUUCCAGGGAUUCCGUGUGGACCUGCCCAUCAAGUCGGCGCGCUACCGUGGCCAGCAAAGCACCUACCCCAUCAAGCUCUUCUACACCUCCAACAUCCCCAUCAUCCUGCAGUCGGCCCUUGUCUCCAACCUCUACGUCAUCUCGCAGAUGCUCUCCGUGCGCUUCAGCGGCAACUUCCUCGUCAACCUGCUCGGCACCUGGGCUGACGUCGGCGGCGGUGGACCCGCACGCUCGUACCCCGUGGGAGGCCUCUGCUACUACCUAUCGCCGCCCGAGUCGCUUGGCAGCGUGCUGGACGACCCCGUGCACACGGUCAUCUACAUCAUCUUCAUGCUCGGCUCCUGCGCCUUCUUCUCCAAGACGUGGAUCGACGUGUCGGGAUCGUCCGCGAAGGACGUUGCCAAGCAGCUGAAGGAGCAGCAGAUGGUGAUGAGAGGCCAUCGUGAGCAGUCCAUGGUGCAUGAGCUGAACAGGUACAUCCCGACUGCGGCCGCGUUUGGCGGACUCUGUAUCGGAGCGCUCUCCGUGCUCGCCGACUUCCUGGGGGCCAUCGGCUCGGGCACCGGGAUACUUCUGGCCGUCACCAUCAUCUACCAGUACUUUGAGAUUUUCGUCAAGGAGCAGAGUGAGAUGGGCAGCAUGGGCGCCAUGUUCUUCUAAAACGACGGGGGGCGGUGGAGAUGGUGGGAGAUGUGAUCUAAGAAUGGAGGGGGGGGAGGGAGGGGGGGUUAGGGUGGGAGAAGCAGCAGCAGAUUGUGGGAAGAACGUGGACGCAUCUGGGCAAGUGGGGAUUCGGCCAAAUGUUUAAAUUGUGUUUGUAUCUGUCAUUGUAUCUGCCUCCAUUGUGUGCGUGGAAAAACAAAAUAAAAGUAAAUAACCGUUACUCCUCUUCACUAACAUUCACCAAUGUAUUUAAUCCUUUAUUUUGUUUUUCUAAAUGGACAAUAAAGGAUUUGGAAAUUUG